AUGAGCGGAUCGAUUGCCAACCAGCCGUUCUUGGAAGAACAAAAUGGUAUCAUACACACUGCUAAAGGAACUACGGACCGAAAGAGCGAAGGAAGGUGAGAAAAUGUUAAAUUUUUAGCUUAGAUUUAAUCUAUAACCUCUGAAUCCGUGUUCCUUUCUUUAAUACGUUAAGUAUUCAUAUCAGCAUAGUUCACAAUUGACAGGUUGCCAGGUGCAUACUCAGCUCGAAACAGAAAUUCGCAUGAAACGACAACACACCGUGUAUUCUGAAUUCAUUCAGCAUAAAUUAUUGAAGAUUUUAAUUUUUCUUUCAAUGGCUUAUUGAAAAAUAUCUCUUUCAUAGCUUCCUACACCAAUAUCUCGUCAGUAGAACGGGUGAUCUUAUUGAUUAGAUAUUUCUUGUCUUAGUCAGACCAUAAAGUUUUCAGAAUACAUAGUCAACUUUCCUCGUUGGAUACGCUUAUUUUCAGACGCGAUAUUACAAAUGUUGAACAUGCUGUGUUUGUGUAUUGUUGCAAAUAUAAUGACUAUCUCCCUGUCUACCCUGAUCACAGCAUUUCAUGGAUUCCUGGGGGAUUUCCUUGGUUACUCACGUGAUGACAUUUCCAAUCUUCCUUCCAUGAGUCAUUAUUCUAUUUAUUUGUGCUGGAGAGUUAAAAGUGAAAUCGAAAUUGUAUUUCAGUCAUCCUUUACUGACCAUGUAAUAUAAUGACAUUCUGAGUUAUGAUACCAUGGACAUGGCAAGUUGACCCAAAUAUUAAAUUUUGCUUGGGUCUUGGUGGGAUAUUUAAGUGGAAUGAUAAAACGUUUGAAUUUUUUCAGUGUUACAAGCCUAAAUCAUUACAACAACAGCAUAUGAUCCUGUGGGGAUAAGUGAUGUAUAUCCAUGUUUUAGCUCUUUUUAUAACCCAGAGGAGUAUAGAUGAGUUGAUAAAUCUGAAAGAUAUACAUGGGCCAGCUGUGCAGAAGAAUUUGAAUAAUUCUUUAAAUACAUUAUGCUUUUGGGCCUCUUAGCUGAAAAACCAAAAAACUAAGCCUCCAUGAAGAUGUGGACAUUAAUUUUAGGAAAAUAAAGUUACCAAGAAAUAUAAAAAAUCAUCUAAAGAAGCAAUGAAGUUUCUUCUGAUCUGAUGACACAUCCUGCAUCCCUGGACCCACCUCCCCUCCCCCUCUACUUCAACUAUGACUUUUAUAGGUUAUUGAAUUUCAAUUUAAAAAACAAAAAAAAAUUGUUUUCAUUUGCAAAUAUUGAACUUUUGAUUGUCAAACAUUCCCCAAUCCUAAGUUGUUUCUUAGUGGUUAGACUAGAAUGUUGGCUUAAACAAGAAAAAUUUGUUUCAUUUAUCUCCUCCAUUUUGCAUGACUGUGGAUAGAUUUUAUAAGGAGAGGGUUCUUGUUGAUCAUUUACUAGAGGUACAAGAGGUACUGUACCUUUUCUAACAAGCACCCAUGCUCUAAUAAGUGCCCUCCCCUGAAUAAGCACCCACCCCCUAAGUUAUAAUUUCAAAAAAGCACCCCCCUUGAAUAACUGCCCCCCUCUUCCCUCAUCAUCUUCAAUAGGGGGGAUACAUGGAAAAAAUAAUUCUAUUAAUUAUAUUUUAUAACUUUUCAAGUGUCAACUACAGCAGAAUCUUUUCUGUUCCACUAAUUUUUAUCUCCUUGUGCUUACAGUGUUCCUUUAUAAGUGAUCAGUUCUUUUUACUUUUGUGCUUUUGCUGGGUAAACUUAAUAAGCACCCCCCUCCAAUUAAGUGCCCUUCUCCCAAUAGGUGCCCUCCCUCCCCUUUUUUUAGCCAAAAUUCUAAAUAAACGCCUGGGCAUUUAUCUGAGGAAAUACAGUAUCUUGGUUUCUAAUUGCUUCAUGCCGCAGAAACUGGGAUAAACCCUGACCACAUGAGCCAGUGGGCCUGAUUGCUGCCUUCAUCUUUACCACACUGGUGGGUGGAGACAGGCUUUGUGACCUAAGUGUGUCUAGCCUAAGAAUAAGUGACCUUGCCAGGGCUCAACCCUGGAUCUGCAUCUUUCACUAACUAAUCAUUAGCCUAUUUUUAAGUUUUUAUUCAGUAAAACCAAGCGAGAUCGUAAACGGCGCUAUAGUAGUGGAGGUUUGGGACGAUCCGCGUAAUGCAGCGUGACCCGACCCCUCACUUUUUUCGACCCGACCCAGGCCUUGCUCCUUUUACGCUUCGCCAAUACUAUCGUGCCUAUGCUCUCCCAGGGGCGUGGCCAUGAUCUCCUCACAGGGGGGAGGGGGUGGGAUCACACUGUGUCAAACAGAGGAUACACACCAGAUUGCCAUGUUCACGCCGUGUUUUUUUUUUAGGGGGGGGAGUACUACGCGACAGGCACCCCAGGACUACCCCCGCAACUCUCCGUUUAACCAACUGACCCCCCGCUUAAUGAGCUGAACACCAGGCUAACACAGACGCUAUUUAUUUCAGUAACGUUUAACACAUAACUGAUGCUUGGGUCAAUAAUAACCGGUCACACAUCUUUUUUAUUUAUUUUUAUCGUUCCAGUAGGAAACAUCGCUGCAGUCUGUGCGAUAAGUGGUCUGCUUUGUGCAGUCGGUUUGUUCGCCUGUUACAACAUCUCGUAGGGUUUCUUGGAGAAAACAUUGCUGGGCACCCUGUGGCUUGCAUGGCGAUCUGCAUUUUCUUCGUUUUAUUCUGUGCUGUGGGAUUCCUCUGGCUGAAAACGGAAAGCAGAACUGAAAAACUCUUUAUUCCUCAAGAUAGUAGAGCCAUCAACGACUUAAACAGAGCUGAAAAGUUUUUUCGACUGAAGGUUCGUGUAGCGGGUGUAAUUUUGGUAGCCCAUGCAGAAAGUCCCAACAUUCUUGCGCCAGAAUGCCUGGCGGAGGCCCAAAACGUACACAGUCAAAUUAUAACAUUGAAGUCUUUUACAGAAUUUUGUUUGACUCUCUCUGGACAGAAAGCUAGUUCCUUGAAUGAUUGCGUGACUAUUGAUCCGUUUCAAAUUUUUCAAGACAGAAAUUUUAGCAACAAGUCGUUGAUACAAAUUCAAGUAGAAAUCAAUAAAGCGUUUAACAAUACACGUUUACUAAUGCGAGACGGACAGCUUUUCCUGCGAAACUUUCCCCAGAUAUUCGGUGACGUGACAAAACAGACAAGCAAUCGUACGAUUGCUGGUGCACGUGCAAUGCAGCUGAAAUAUCUGAUCAGAGACCCACCUGAGGAUGACGUCAACAAGAAAGUCCUGGAAUGGGAAAAGACCUUUCUUGACAAAGUGGCCUCCAUUUCUGCCUCCUGUUUUGAGAUUUACUACGAGGCAGAGAGAAGCACAGAUGACGCUAUUAAAGAAAACAGUAGCGCUGAUAUAACUCUGGUAUCGAUCACCUUUACUAUUAUGAUCUCAUUCGCCUGUUUCAUGCUUGGAAAAUUUGUUAAUCCGCUGACCGGUCACUCGAUGCUCGCAAACGUAGGAGUUCUCGCAGUGGCGUUCGGUAUUUUGGCGGGAAUGGGUCUGGGCACCUGGUCCCGUGUGACGUACGUGAACAUGAUAGGCGUGGUGCCAUUUCUAGUGUUAAGUAUAGGCAUCGAUGAUAUGUUCAUUAUAGUGGAUGAGCUUGAUCGACAGCCACGUGAUAUGGGCGUGAUCAGGACUGUCAAGGAAGUAAUGUCGCGCACAGGAGCCACAGUUACUAUGACAACCAUGACUGACUUGGUUGCAUUUGCCGUGAGUACAUCAACUGCUUUUCCCGCUAUCAGGUAAGAUUUAAUGGUUUUCUGUCCUUGUAUUCCUUCAUUGCUCAAGUUGUAGGUGUGCGUAGCCCAGUAUUUAGACUGACAACGCACAAGGACGGACGUUCUCAACCGGAGUGUAAUAGGCUCGACUGGAGCACUUACCACUAUACUAUACACUUAAAUGCAAAUCUCAGCAAGAACGUACCUUCCUAAUAAGGACACGUGAAAUUUAACCUUUUCCAGCCUUUCAGUAAGAAAACAACGACGGAAUGGUACCCACUCCGAUAUGAUUGCGCCUUUGUACUCUAACCGGCUGGAAGGGAUCACUUUGAGUCAGUGUUAAAAGUCUUUUAUUUGUCACUCGUUUUUUGUACUAUCUUUUUUUUUUAAAGUACUGCACAUUUCAACUGCAAUGCAGGGACUAUUUUGCACUGUACUUCCUGACUAGAUUUCUUCAUCCAUCUCUUUCAGAUACUUUUGCACUUACGCGGCCUUAGCCGUUACGCUCUCUUAUGCUAUGAUGAUAACCUUUUUCGUCGCCGCAAUGACGUUUGAUAUCAGAAGAAUAAAAUCCGGCCGAAGAGACUGCCUGCCUGUAUGCACAGUACCACCCACGAAAGAUGGUCAACCCCACUGGGACGUACCGCGCCCUCAGACCUCGAACCGUUUACUAAAGGGUUGGGCAAAAUUUCUUAUGUUACCUGCAACGAAAUUUUUUGUGCUUGUCAUUUCUGUGGCAAUCCUUGCCUUGGGAAUUUAUGGAACGACCAAGGUGACUGAAAAUUUCGAUAGAAGAAUGCUGGCAAAAGAUGACUCUGCGCUUUUGAAAUUUCUGAACGUUCGAGAGAAAUAUUACGAACAAACCAUUCCUGUUAGUUUGGUCCUAACGGGUAACAUUGAUUACAGUGAUCCUGAUGUCCAAGACGAGAUCAGGCAGCUGUCGAAAAUUGUUAAGGACAAUUGCUAUUACCGAACUCAGGCUGUGUCUUGGAUUGAAGUUUUUACGAAUUUCUCUGCUGCGAGUGGGAUGAACAUUACUGGACCACAUUUUAUGCCUGCCCUAAAACUGUUCCUUGAAAGUCCUGAAUGUUUAUCUUUCAAACAAGAUGUGAAACUGUCGUCCAACGGAAGUCGCGUCAUUGCGUCUCGUGUCAUGGCUUUCUUGAAGAACAACCCAAGCUCUACCUUUCAGAAGGACGCCAUGUUGACAAUUCGUGAGGAUCUUGCCAAGAAAUCUCCACUCGACGUGAUACCGAUCACCCGUCCAUUCAUCUUUUUCGAACAGUAUGCCAUCAUUGGAAGAGAGACCACAAGGAACCUCAUCAUAGCAGCCCUGGCUGUGCUGGUGGUAACAUCUUUGUUCCUGGUCAAUUUCACCGUAACACUUCUGGUGGUGGUGAAUUUUGUGGCUCUGGUCCUCGAGCUGUUUGCGUUGAUGUUCAUCUGGGACGUGUCUUUGAAUGGCGUCUCGAUGAUCACUCUUGUCAUGGCCAUUGGUUUUGCCGUGGACUACAGUGCGCAUAUUGCGCAUGCGUUUGUGAUGUCUGAGGAAGACACACCUAACAGGAGAGUCAUUGACGCUGUUAGCACGCUUGGUGCCAGUGUCUUCAUGGGAGGUAAGCGAUUCUUUUAUUCUCUCAUUUCGAUGGUGAAUUAAACUCGAAGCCACUAACACGAUUUAAAUCGCACGGGAAAUCAAUUGAAGCGCCAAAACAAGCACCCUUUAUUCGGUCCUAUCCUAAAGCGUCACCAAAUCAGUGUGGCAUUUUCUGGGAAUCUCAAGUAUAAAAUUUGAAACAAUGUCAGACAUUUAUAUUCGAUUGGCGGGCCUUGCAACAUAGCACACCAACACUCUUAAAGGUCUAACCGAAACCCCUUCAUUCAAAGUCUACCGUACUGACUAAUGCGAUUGCAUCUCGCUCAUCAUGAGGAGAAGCAAUUUAUCAGAUUACUUAGUGCUUCUAGGCUAAUUAGAUUGUUCCUCAUGCUUCUCACGUUUUUCAACUUUUGUUAUCCUUGAAACAGGUUUCAGUACCUUUCUUGGGAUGCUGGUCCUAGUCUUUGCCACUUCGGAGAUCUAUCGUAUUUUCUUCCGCAUGUUUGUGGGAAUUGUUUCGUUCGGACUUCUCCACGGCUUAUGUAUAUUACCCGUUCAACUGUCCCUGUUAUGUUGGAAACCAGUUGUGACUCAGAGAGACCCAACGCAUCUGUUAAUAAGGGAAACAGAUGUUUGAUCCAAGAGGGAGGGGAUGAGGUGGGGUUUUGAACCCUUUAACUCCCAGAUCAAAUUUAUAAUUCUCCUUACUGUUAACCUACAAUUCUCAUAAUGUUAGUUCAGAGAAUUUGGUAUUGGAUCAACUAAUCAUCCCCAAUUUGAUAUUUUUCCUAAUUCUCAUCACUCAUCUGGUUGAUAUUGUAUUGAUAUAGUAAGGAGAAAUUCUGUCUUGGUCAUUCAUGGGAGUUAAAGGGCUAACUCUAUCGUUGAAAGACACACGUGGAGUAUUCGAAUUCGCCCCGUUAACUUUUCACAUCCUAACAUCAGUGUGCAUAUUCUCCAAACUGUUCUCUAUACAUUUCCCAUGAUAAUGAUAAGGAGAAUAUGUUGACCAAUCAAUAGCUUCUUUAGAUGGUGAUUAUUUCCAUUCUCCUAUUCCCUUCUCGUUUGAUUCAGGGGUGAUAUUGUAAAGAAAAGUUAAAUGAUGGUUGCUCUUUGAGGUGAAAGGGUUAAAGCAACUUCUGUUGUGCUCGUUGGGAGAGAUAGAAGUUUGUUGUACUUUGAUUUCAAAUCAAAUUACAAAUGAUUACAAAUGUAGUUUUAAUGAGCAGACGUUUAUUUUUUGAACCAAUCUUCAGUUUAUUAAUUAACAGGGUUACGGCUAAAUUCUUUUUACGUUGGGUCAAGUAUUUAUGGAAUUACACUUUAGUGAGUUAGAAAGUGUGUAAUCCAUCUUGGAAAUAUAAAGUGGUUGGUGUUCAUAUCCUUAUUUAAGACAUUUCUUUUAGUCAGUUUAAUCCACAUUUGUUUUUUUCUCUGAGAACGUUUUAAAGCAUAUUUUGAAAGAACGCGUUAUUAUUUAAGUGGCAGUCAAGUACUGGUGUCGUAGUGUUUUAUAUGUAAAUAGCAGCCAACUUUUUUAAGAUGACCAUACCCUUUUGGGGAUUUUGAAAUAUUUUAAAGGGUAUAGAGUACAUCUAAUUAUUAAAAAAUAACAACGAUAAAAUGUUAUCAGAGUUUCCGUUCUAAUAUAUAUUUAAAUUUUUCAAGAGUGACUUUGGAAAAUUAUGGGUUACAAGAAAAAUUAAGAGGCAAUUUCUCAUGACGAGUGACUCUCAUGUAAUACACGGAUGUGUGCUUUGUGUGUGAUGAGUAAAUAGAUCCAUUUGUUCAACCUUACAACUUAGAAGAUAUAGGAGUCAGUUCUCCCUAAUGUCCGCUCUACUUUUCAUAUGAUUUUGAUAUUGAGAAUUUGUGUUUAGAAUCAACCAAUUAGUAUACUUUACCUAGUGUUUUUAUCUCUCGUUACCUUACUGUUUGAAAAUGGAGUAACAUUGUAAGGAGAAUUACCUUUUUGGUCACCCUUUGUUGUGAAACUGAUUAAAAGAAAC